AUUAAAUUACCCGAUAUGUGAGCAGGUAGUAUGUUAUCUAAAGUGUUUGAUGUAAAUUGAUUAUCUAUUACAGGUAAACCUCAAGUGGCAGAUAGGGCUCUUCAGGUGUUGUAGGUAAACAAUACAUUUAACCGUAUGUCUCGACUUGUUGAGAAUAAUAUUGUUAUAUAUGCAAUGUGGUAGACAUAAACGAACGUGAGGAAAUUUUACGCCCUGAUGGAAUACACAUUUAUUACAACGUUAAUAGUGUUUUACACAGGACUUGCAUUGGUAGCCGGGUCAGUCCAAGAUACAAUUCUAUGCGGAGAAACAAUACAUGUUUCAAAACAAGACAAAUACACCCUGAAGUAUUUCAGCAGUGAUUUCAAUGACGUCACAAAAUCUCAAGAUGCAACCGGAAACCACACUGUGAAAAUUUUAAAACAUGGCGAAGGUGGCUUGCGUUAUAGAAAAUGUCAUAUCAAUGUUCAGACGAUUCCUGGAUAUCGUUUACAAGUAAAUGUCCAGUAUUAUCCUCAGUUUUCUGGUUGUAAUCGGGGCUAUUUCCACGUUGGGAACAACAAAUACCGAUUGGACAUGGUAUCCAUGACGUCAUACAAAUUUUGUGACGUAGUACGCGGGUUAGAAAUCAUAUCCAGAGAUAACUAUCUGUGGAUGGUAUAUGACGUCAUAAAUCAACAGAAAGCUACAGGCGAAAUCCACAUCGAGGCUCUUCCAGAUGCGAGAUGCAACAGCAGUUCAUUUAAGUGCUCCCCAGUUCAGUGUGUGGAGUCUAGGAGAAUGUGUGAUGGACGAACGGACUGUCGUAAUGGACGGGACGAAUUCUGUGGAAAUAUCGGAAGUGUUUUAGAGACGCGUAUACCCGAAACCAGUGGUUCGUGUUUUCUGUGCUGGAAUGACACAGUUGUCUGCCCUUCACUACCGAUGUAUGACGAUGACAGAGGUCAUGACCUCUGGUUCAUGUGUGACGGGAUCGAUCAUUGCAAGGACGGGUCAGACGAACGGCUAGACAUGUGUUACAGAAUGAAAAGCAGAGGAACAGCAGCCAUGUUGUUUCAAUGCAUACCUAAACUAGACGGUGGUUACCAUGGCAACAUAUCCGUUCGGAUGUGGAAAGACAGGGUCUGUGACGGAGUUCCGAAUUGUCGUAAUCAGGAGGAUGAGAAUGAAUGUUCAGAAGAAAAUUCAAGUGGUAAAACAAAGCUUCAUCCUGUGUCAAUGACAAUUGUCGCCUGUUUAGUUCUCUGUGUGAUUUUAGGGGCCGCCAUAUUCAUCUACAAAACAGGGAAGAAGCGUUCGUUUACGGUACGCCUGGACGACAUAAGGGAGGGGACCGGCUUUGGAUCGUUCGGAAACCUUCCGGUUAGACACCGUAGCAGAGGAACCGGAAAUGAAGUCAUGAGCUAUCUACAUUUGUAUAUCAUGUAGUCUAUAUAUUUAUUUCAACUAAAUUCCCAUGUGGACGUUCUUUAGUGAGCAUAUAAUUUAUAUGGAGACAUGGGGAAUAACCAAAGAAACAUUUUAAUCAUUUUUUCAACGUGACAUUUGAAAUCCAUUUUGGGGUGUCAUUUCACUCUUUGUACAUGUAUUGAAAAAAACUGAUACAUUGUUCAUCUGUAGAAAAUCAUACAGCUUUAUGGACUGUUUUUAAUGAAAAUGUUAAUAGCGAACGGUGUACUUCUUUUAGACCAAAAUACAUUACAGCACGGAGCUGAAUACAGUGUACCGGACUUAACCGACACUGUCUAUGUGUCAGAUAUGACAGUGUGACGAUUAAGUCAGUGUCGGCGAUGUCAAUGAAACCUAUUAACAACAAGGGGGACAACUCUAUUAUUCUUAUAUUUCCUCAUACAAAAACAAAAAACAAAAACAAAAAAACUAUACACUUUAUAUCACGUAUCAGAAGAAAGACUAAGACAAAAAAUUAGAACGAGGAAGAAACAAACAAUAGCAACACGUGGCUAUUUUAUUAUUAUUAGAAAUGUACACGCAUUGUCACACCAAUAAAACUGCCUUGUGCCAUAAAAGGGUAUCUUGUUAUAAGCAAAUACAUUGUAGUUAAAAAAAAAACAAAAAAAAAAACUUGAGACAAUGGGGACUGGGCACAUAUUCCAAGCCCGUUAUUGUCGCUGUGUUUUUCUGCCCCUUGACUCUGAAAAAAGAAAAAUCAUAAAUAAGACUGAGCUGUGUAAUUUUCGUCCCGAAGUAAGAGUAACAAGGGACGUAACUCUUUUAUUCUUAAUGAAUUUUGAUGAACGCGGUGAACAACUGAUCUCGUGGGGGUUAAGUCACCGACUUAAAUAUUGAAAAAUAAAAUCAUAUUAGAAUCAGUAAAAUGGUUGUUCCAAGAACAAGGUUUCCCGUCAUUCUUCAAUAGCAUUAUAGCGAAGGUGUACUUAAAUAAAGUCCGACAGAAAGACCAUAGAAAUAAGAUUUUGUGGAAUAUGUUUAUGAACAGGUAACGAUAUGCUCCCUUAUCAUUACUAUAUUGAUAAAAGUAAACAGCGGUAGGCAUUUGCCCAUGGAAUUUUCUGUGUCAUUAUAUUUCACGAGAAUAUUAAUUCUUGGAAAAAUAUUAAUAUAUUCAGGUUUGUUUGUUUGGUGGUCAGCUAAGGUCAUAUAAAGAUGAGUGUCUUUGUGAGGAAUACUAGCUUUAAAAACCCUCUUAAUUUUGAAAAUAGAAAUGAUUUGUAUAAAUCAAGAAUUUAAAGCCUGUCAUCUUCUGUGGAAACGGGUAAAAUGUAAGGUGUUCGGAGAGAGGACUACUUUUGUAGAAAUGGUAUUGAGAUGAAUAUCAUUACUUAUUUGUGAAAGUAUUCAACAGGAGAAAACUUCUACCAAAAUACUUUACAAUUCACCCUUAUAUAUUAAAGUUCAAAGUGACAUUACCUUUAUGUUAAGUGAAGACUCCCUAGGCUAAUCACCCACGACGAUACAAAAGUUUUGAUAUUUAGUGCUGGCCAUCUUUUCUGAUUUCGUAUGACAUAUUAAGCUACAUUUUUUCUAUUAGGUGAUACCACCAUGAUAGGUACAGUUUUACACAUUAUUGUGACCGAUUUUAAAUAAAAUGCUGGACAUAA